CGUUGGAGCAGGACUUCAAGGUGACGCUGCAGCAGCAGAACUCACUGGAACAAUGGGCAGCCUGGCUGGAUGGCGUCGUGAGCCAGGUGCUCAAGCCCUACCAGGGCAGUUCCGGCUUCCCCAAAGCAGGCCAAGCUCUUCCUCCUCAAGUGGUCCUUCUACAGGUGCGCGCCUGUGAAGCCCGGGGUGUGGCUGGGAGGGAUGAGACCAGGGGCAUUCCAGUGUGUGAUAGAGAAGACCUUCCUUCAAAGGUGCGCCUGCAAGAAGUGCUCCAUGGUAAUCCGGGACCUGACCUGCGCAGUGCUGCCAGCUUCGGCUCCUUCCACCUCAUCCGGCUGCUCUAUGACGAGUACAUGUACUACCUGAUCGAGCACAGAGUGGCCCAGGCCAAGGGCGAGACUCCAAUCGCAGUCAUGGGAGAGUUUGCAAACCUGGCCACCUCACUGAAUCCCUUGGACCCUGACAAAGAUGAGGAAGAAGAGGAGGAAGAGGAGAGUGAGGAUGAGCUGCCACAGGACAUCUCGCUGGCAGCUGGCAGUGAAUCUCCCGCACUAGGCCCAGAAACUCUGGAGCCACCGGCGAAACUGGCGCGGACUGACACUCGAGGCCUCUUUGUGCAGGCCCUGCCCUCCAGUUAAG